AAACUCAAAAACUAUUUAAAGUCACAUACAUUGUCAGUUCAUACAAAAGAGAGACCUUAUAAGUGCACUACUUGUGGAAAAUCCUUUGCAUCAACAUUCCUUUAUAACAGACAUGUAUUAAUACAUAGCAAUGAGCGUCCUCACAAGUGUUCUACAUGUGGAAAAUCAUUUUUAUGCAAAUACAAGUUGAAGUCGCAUACAUUGUCCGUUCAUACAGAAGAGAGACCUUAUAAGUGCACAACAUGUGGAAAAUCCUUUAAACGCAAAAACUAUUUAAAGUCACAUACAUUGUCAGUUCAUACAAAAGAGAGACCUUAUAAGUGCACUACUUGUGGAAAAUCCUUUGCAUCAACAUUCCUUUAUAACAGACAUGUAUUAAUACAUAGCAAUGAGCGUCCUCACAAGUGUUCUACAUGUGGAAAAUCAUUUUUAUGCAAAUACAAGUUGAAGUCGCAUACAUUGUCCGUUCAUACAGAAGAGAGACCUUAUAAGUGCACAACAUGUGGAAAAUCCUAUGCACACAAAUGCCAUUUGAAGGCGCAUGUAUUGUCGGUUCAUACAGAAGAGAGUCUUCAUUAAUGCACCACAUAUGCGGAAAGUCUUUUGCAUAUAUAAGCAAUUUGAUAGAACAUACAUUGGUUCAUACAGAAGAGAGGUACUGUUGGAAUCAGUACAGGUACAAGUGCUCUAAUUAUGAAAAAUCCUUUAAACCGCAAAAAACAGUUAGAAGGUACAUAUAUUGUCAAUUCAUACAGAAGAGAGACCUUAUAAGUGCACAACAUGUGGAAAAUCCUAUGCACACAAAUGCAAUUUG